AUGAAGCGAUCAUCGUCUUCUUUGAAGAGAAGUAAUGGUGGUGUGGAGAAUAGUGGCCAUCGUAACAAUGACGUCGCGAUCAUUGAUUGGGAGCUGAGGCCAGGAGGCAUGCUUGUGCAGAAGCGCAGUGGUGUUGGGUCUGAUAGUGGUGGAGCUUCUUCUGGAGGCCCCAUGAUUAAGAUCAAGGUCUCUCAUGGCUCUUCUCACCAUGAUAUUACCGUUCCUGCUCAGUCCACUUUUGCAUUUGAGCUUGAGUCGUCCUUGGUUUUUGAUGGGUAUCUUGGGAGUUUGAACUCAAUCAGAUUUGGGCAAUCAUCCGCGUAUAAAACGAAAUUGAUGCUCAGUAGUUGCUUUUGGUUUAUUGAAGGGGAUUUAAAAAAGGCUCUUGCCCGUGAAACUGACUUGUCGAAAGUGAUACUAUUGGAAGACCCAGCCAGCAAAGAGAGGAAGCUUCAGGAGAUGAAGAGAAAUGCCUAUGAAAAUAUCGCCAGAGUACAUUUGGAAGUCGAUAAGCUUUCAGACAAGUCAAUAUGCCUUCAGAUUAUUGUUGUUGCCUUGGAGAUGGCUGUUGCAAAUGGCGGCAAAGUUGCCAACAAUGAAUUUGUUCUCUUGACAGAGUUGUUUAUGGUUCAGUUGCUUAAAUUAGAUAGCAUUGAGGCUGAUGGAGAAGCAAAAGUUCAGAGGCGGGCUGAGGUUCGCCGAAUUCAGAAUUUUGUGGAUGCACUUGACAGUCUGAAGGCAAGAAAUUCCAACCCUUUUAACACAGGUAAUGCCCCUGGUUUGGUGAAUACAAAGUGGGAGACUUUUGAUUCAGUAGUUGGGAGCCUCAGUCCUCCAAACCCAAGACAAUUCUCUGCUAAAGUUACUAAGGAGUGGGAACUCUUUAGCUAA